AUGGGCUCUGCAAAUAUAAUAAUGGCCCAUACUGGCCCGCAGAGCAGCGGCUAUGUACUCCGGAGCUGUGCUGAGGAUCUUGAGGAGAUCACGAAGUGGCAUGACCCCGGGAGUCCAUUGAGAAUUCUUGACAUACAGCGCUUGAUCACUCAAAAUCUUCCUUCGCACCAAGACAAUCCCGGUCAAGGGCAGAAGACCUUCCAGAAACCGGUUUCCUGCCUGCCACUCGAUCUUGCGGUAACUAUUGUGGAUUUGAUCUAUGAGACUUGGCCUCGUUGUCAACAGCGCAUUGACGAUAUACGUAAUCUACUGGAAGCCUUCCAAUGGAUCCUGCCCAACACUUACUGGCAAGCACGAUGCAACACUCAGCUAUUAUUUGAACUCGACGACCUGAUCAAGGCCGGAACUGCGGUAAACUGGUCGGGACUAUGCCUUGGGAUUGAGGAGCUCCUAUUAGACAAUGAUUGGUACUGUAAUAGUGGGUUGAAUAAUCGUGCUCGAACACUGAACCUGCUCAGCGGGAUCAAGGAAGAGUUUGCCCAUCUGUUGAAUCGGCCAGUGGCUGGGAUGUAA